AUGCUCGUCCUCAACAUCGCGCUGCUUGCCCUGAGCGCCCUCCCCACCGCCCUCACCAAAGCCCCACCUCACCACCUAACCCACCCCCACACCGCCAGCAGCACCUUCUCAACCCACCCCGCCAGCAGCACCUUCUCCACCCACCCCCCCGCCACCAACGCCACAACGCCCCUGACGUCCACCCGCCCCAUCGCCGGCACCGGCUGCCCCACCGUCACGAAGACGGUCGCCAAGACCGUCGGCGUGUGCGAGGAGAUCCGAUGCCUGCCCGUGCUGGUGGGCGGCACGACGCCGGUCGCGACGUCCACGUUCGCCGUCGGCUGCGCGUGCCCGGCCGCGACGCCGACGGUGACGCUGAGCCGGUGCGAUUUGGGGUGUGAGGGGUUGACGGCGUGGGUGUAUGAGACGGCGGGGGGGAUAAGAGGGGGAUGUAGGGCAUGA